GAGGGUCGCCCUCCCGGACGCGGAUCCAUCCAUCUACACGGAGGCGGGCGAGACACGCUUAUCAAAAACGGCCGUCCUCGCAGAGUCGCCACGGCGGGCACCCGUCCGGGCAGCCGAGAACCGGCGCCCAGGGGGCUCGUCCUUCUUUCCCGCCCUUCUGGGGGGGUCGGGGGGCAGAAGCGGGUUCGCCUCUCCGGGCCUCAGUUCCCUCAUCAUCUGGCCAACGGGGAUCGGGAGCGCGCGGUUUUCCAGGCGGGCGGAAAAUCCUCCAGCAGAGGCCCAGCAGAUGUCACCCUUUGGCUUCCGAACGCGAGGCCCUCGAAUCCUCUCCGCCCCGUCCGGACCCCCUCGGCCGACUCGGAUGUCGGGGUGGGGAAGGAGUGCGUGUGCGCGGGAAUCCCUACUCGCCCGGGGCCCCGCCUUCUUGUUGCAACUUGGGCUGGGAAACGACCUGUGCGCGGAGGAGGGAGCAGGAGGAGGGAGCAGGAGGAGGGGAGGCGGCGGCUUCUUCUAUACUGAGGGACCGGGGAGCGGGAGCUGCAAGCGGGUCGGGCUCAUGGCCGCUUCUGCCGCCGCCGAGCCGGCCCCGGCCCCGCCGCUGCGGUACAGCGUGCGGCUGCACUUCGUCAACGAGGAUCAGCUCCCCGGGGGGCUGCGGCUCCCCGGGCCCCCCAACGCCGCCGGGUUCCAGCUGGAGGUGCACCCGGGGGACGAGGAUGCCGGCGUCACAGUUACCGACGCUGACGGUGUGUGUGUCUUUAAAUGCCUUGUAAACAGAGAUACAGAAUAUUGCCGAGUGGGACAAGAGUCAGUCUUGAUUACGUUGGGCUACAAAAGUGCUGUGCUGCAGUUCAAGUCAGAUUCUGAGUACAGUAUGUUCUCAAAUGCCUUAAAGAGUUGCCGGAAUCAGAAGAAAGAAAACUCCGUGUUCAGUCAGCGAACAGAAGAAGCCUCAGCCACACAGUAUUUCCAGUUUUAUGGCUAUAUAUCCCAACAGCAGAAUAUGAUGCAGGACUUUGUCAGGACGGCCACCUACCACAGAGCUAUCCUCCAGAACCACAUGGAUUUUAAAGAUAAGAUCAUCUUGGAUGUCGGCUGCGGAUCGGGAAUUCUGUCCUUUUUUGCCGUGCAGGCCGGAGCCAAGAAAGUCUACGCCGUUGAAGCCAGUGCCGUGGCCCAGUACGCCGAGAUUCUAGUGAAAAAUAACAAUCUUUCAGAUAAGAUCAUUGUCUUAUCAGGAAAAAUUGAAGAAAUCGUACUGCCUGAAUCUGUAGAUGUGGUUAUUUCUGAGCCAAUGGGUUAUAUGCUCUUCAAUGAGAGAAUGCUGGAGAGUUACCUCCAUUCCAAAAAGUGGUUAAAGUCAAAAGGAAUGAUGUUUCCAACCUUCGGUGACAUUCAUCUGGCGCCUUUCUCGGAUGAACAGCUCUACAUGGAACACUGCUCCAGAGCAAAUUUUUGGUACCAGCAGUGUUUCUAUGGGGUCAAUCUAACCAGCCUCCGCAACGCAGCUGUGGAAGAAUACUUCAGACAGCCGAUUGUCGACACAUUUGACAUUAGGAUUUUGAUGGCCCGGACAGUUAAAUACACAAUUAACUUUGCAGAAGCCGAAGAGGAAGAUCUGCACAGAGUGGAGAUCCCCUUUGUGUUCCACAUGGUGCAGUCUGGCCUCAUCCAUGGCCUGGCCUUUUGGUUUGAUGUGGCCUUUGUUGGAUCGCUGGUGACGGUCUGGCUGUCCACGGCCCCGACGGAACCUCUGACUCACUGGUACCAAGUGCGCUGCCUUCUCCAGACGCCUCUUUAUGUCAAGGAAGGAGAGACCCUCUCAGGAAAAGUCCUGUUCGUUGCCAAUAAACGACAGAGUUACGACAUUCAGAUUGUGGCUAUGGUGGACCAGACGGGCUUUACGUCGGGCAACAUCUUGGAUUUAAAGAAUCCGUUUUUUAGGUACGCGUAGGGGACGGAAAUCUGUGAUUCAGACAGCAGAACCGAGACUCUUCAAACCAAGCAGCCCGUGAGACUUAAAGUUCAUCCCCCUGGGAGUCGGCCCGAGUUUGAGCGACGUCAGAUCGUAACAGUUCAUACCUUGUGAUCAAGCACUGUGUGUCAGUCGUGUAGUUUCAGUUUAGUCAGAUGCAGCUUUUGAGGUCUGAGAUUCAUCUCUGGUUCGCAUUCACGUACCUGGUUCCCACACAUUUUUAGCUCUGAAUAGCUUUGUUGGGCGUGAAGGAAAAUGUUUUUUUUUUGGCGAAGCUGAUGGUCGUUGCUUUUAUUUUCUUAAAGUGUUUUCUUGUAAAAAAAGAAAAAAAAAAAAAAAACCUACCUCAUUUUAAUAUGUGCCAUUGGAAAAUUUUCCCACUGACGGUAUCUCUGCACACAUUCUCUUUUGACUUUCGGCGUGUUUGGAGCUGGUCUGAGAGCUCAGUAAUACGCUGAAAUCAAUUCGGAUUGUUUUCUUUGCUAGGCGACUCAAGUUAAAUGCUGACGGAUAA